UCUCUCUUCGCUGAAUUUACAACUCAAAGUUCACCCCCAAAGCAUGUACUCUGAACUCUCCUCUGUCUGUAGUGCAGGAUCUGCUGCCAACUUGGUGCACGGACUUGGUGCUGACCUGCAGAGUCUGACCGGACCAAUUUCCAGCCUGUGAGUCCCUCGGCUGCUGUGCGCCAGCUCAGACAGAGCCCAGAAUUGCCAGAAGCCUGAGCUUAGACUGCCUAGAAGAAUCCUUGAAACGCUCAACUCCUUGAUCUUAAUACUCUUUUCGAGUUCCAAAAGGAGAAAAGCCCACCCACCCCCAUUUUGUUCUUUAGAUCCUAAAGGGAAAAAAGAAAACCUCAAAAGAAAUACAUCCCAAAGGGGGUGGGGGUGGGGAAUCACAUAGGAAUCCUUGGGCGUGUCGCUAAUAGGGACAAAGUCAAUUGAGGUCAUUCUAAACGGAGAAAGCAAACACGUUCCCGCGAUUUGUCUGCCUCGUGGACCUUUCUGGACCCUAUUCCCUAACAGGAUUGAUUUUUUUUUUUUUUUGGUUCUUUUUUUCGGAGCUGGGGAUCGAACCCAGGGCCUUGCGCUUCCUAGGCAAGCGCUCUACCACUGAGCUAAAUCCCCAACCCCAACAGGAUUGAUUUUAUAAGUGACCUCUGCCUUCUUAUGAGCUGUAAAUAGGACAGCCACCGAGCUGGGUCCAGGUGGAAAUGAGGAUUUCAUAAAGACAGAAAUAAGGAACUGCAGUUGGCGACAGCAGGCCCUCUAUACUAUACCCACCAGGGGACUCUGCCACACAGCUCAACCAAAGGAGCACAAGAGACAAGAGCCCUCCACGUCUUCCCCAGAAGGAGCCCAUUGCUUCACUACUUGGGAAUUGUGUUCAGACCGUCCACCGUGGUCUCCCUGGGCUACUGAACCUUAGGAAACCAGAAUCAGAAACCACCGUCACCAUCGAAGGGAAAACUGAAUAGUGUGUUUCCACUGAGAAAUGUCUCAUGUCACCUAAGUAGUUUUUGUGUCCAGCAGCUGACAAAGCCAGGAAAAAUAUACCCCGACUGGCGAAUGCCACCCUGUGCAGUGCACGACAUAGCCAGGGGCUGUGACCCUGGGCGGUUCUGGGUGAUGAAAGAUCUUAGUGAUUCCAUUCACAGGCAUGCCCUGCAGUUCAGUGGGGCUGAGUGGCUCCUGGGUGGGAGAAUCGGUCCUAAUGCUGCAGAUCACCCGUCCCCUGUCAUCGCUGGGUCUUCCUCACCAAAAGGGUCAGAGCAGUUAGCAAGGGAGAAGGAAGGAGAACUGCUCACGACCUGUAAUGAAAUCGAACUUCUCAAGUAAAGAAAACCCGCUGUGGCCUUGCCAGUCAGUUGGGUUUUGUUGGUUUUUCAGUGAGAACGCUGUUCAAAGACGCUUCUCAGGGAUAAAUGAAAUGUCCCCAGCUCCUGUAGACCUCACAGUCAGAGCAAGGACAAAUACUCUCUCCCAACCACAGGUACCCCAGGUCUACUGAGAACUGACCAUCAACCCUCCCUCCUCAGUUAGGACAAACAAAAGCCACCCACCGUGUCCCUAGGGAGAAGGCUGCUAACUGGCUUUUGUUAGGCCUCGUGGAGCUCUCGCACAGGAAGAAUCUUAAGAGUGGCUGCAAAAUUGGGCCCUGUCUGAGGCUUGGGGUGCCCUCCCACACUGGAUGCUGUGGGAACAAGUGAACUGAGUCCUUUGUGAAGAGAAGCAGGCUAGGGCUGGUUCCCUGUGACUCAAGAUGGGUCUCAUCAAAACAGGCGUCUCGCCUGUACAGCUGGCCCCUACGCUUGCUAAAGAACAACGGCACCGGCUCAUCUCCGCCAAGGUUCCGAUAUCACCAGGUGACUGAACGCAGAGGGAAAAGGAGGGGAAAGGACCCCCCAACAACCCGGCACGCCUACUGCGCAUGCUCAGAGUUGGACAGCUCCAGAGAGGGAAAUUUAAAAACGGUUCGAGCUGCGACGGGCGGCCAAAUUCCAGACAGCAAGGGGCGAGCGCAAGGGAAUACCCCUGCCGCAGCGCCGCCCGCCCCUCGCCAACCCAGGACCCGCUCCAGGAAAUGAUAGAAAGUGACAUCCAGUCCAAAAUGUCAGGAAUGAUCAGAAGCUCCGGGCACAGCCACCACCGCUCUCCACAGGAAUACAGGUUCCUGCCUCCCGCGGGUGAUGACGACCUCCCUGGGGACCUUCAGUCACUGUCAUGGCUCACAGCCGUGGACGUGCCUCGACUGCAGCAGAUGGCAAGUGGGAGGAUAGACUUGGGCAGCCCCAGUGUACCACAUCCACACCCAGGUGCCAUGGCUGGGGUGGCAGACCCGCACGUGGGUGCAGCCCCACGUCCCAUGCUCCGUAGCCAGACCGCGAUGGUCCCCAGAGGCAUGCUGGGCUUGAGCCCCAUAGGCAGCUACAGAGCCAGCGCCGAGCAGAUGAACCAGUUCCCCGUAGGAGGGCAGUCAUCAUCGGGCCUGCAGGAAAUGCCACAGCUGUACUCUCCGGCUACCCAAAUCCAGUUCCCUCUGCCUUCCGGUUCCCAGCAGUGUCCUCCCACCAGCCUCUAUGGCUCUCCAUUCGCAGCCCGGCCUCCCUACCCGCAGGCCCACGUGACUGUGCAUUCACCUCAAGAGGCACACCCCAAACACUACCCCAAGCCCAUCUACUCCUACAGCUGUCUGAUCGCCAUGGCUUUGAAGAGUAGCAAGACAGGCAGCCUGCCCGUGAGUGAGAUCUACAGCUUCAUGAAGGAGCACUUCCCCUACUUCAAGACAGCACCUGACGGCUGGAAGAACUCAGUGAGACACAACCUGUCCCUGAACAAGUGCUUUGAGAAGGUGGAAACCAAGCCCAGUGGCUCCUCGCGCAAGGGCUGCCUGUGGGCCCUGAACCUGGCGCGCAUCGACAAGGUGGAGGAGGAGAUGCACAAGUGGAAGAGGAAGGACCUCGCCGCCAUACACCGCAGCAUGGCCAACCCUGAGGAGUUAGACAAGCUCAUCUCAGACCGCCCAGAAAGCUGCCGGCGUCCUGGAAAACAAGGGGAGCCUGAGGUCCCUGUGCUGACCCGCGCCACGACGGUGGCCAUGACCCACAGCUGCCUGGCCAUCUCCCAACUCCCACCUAAGCCACUGAUGACCCUGUCCCUGCAGUCGGUCCCUCUGCACCACCAGGUCCAGCCCCAGGCACAUCUGGCCCCCGACUCCCCAGCACCGGCCCAGACCCCACCUCUUCAUGCCCUACCCAAUCUCAGCCCGGGGCCUCUCCCCCAGCCAGCCGUGGGUAGGGUUCCUGGGGACUUCCUCAACAUCAGCACUGACACGAACACAGAGGUGGACGCCCUGGACCCCAGCAUCAUGGACUUCGCUCUACAGGGUAACCUGUGGGAAGAGAUGAGGGAGGAAAGCUUCAGCCUGGACACGCUGGGGGCCUUCGGAGACUCCCCACUUGGCUGUGACCUGGGAACCCCAAGCCUGACCCCUGUCUCUGGCAGCGGUGACCAGCCCUUUCCAGAUGUGCAGGUGACAGGUCUCUAUGCGGCCUAUUCCACUGUCACAGCAGACAGUGUGGCCCCAUCCGUGGUCAACUCUGCACAGUACCUGGGAACUCCGGGGAACAAGCCCAUUGCUCUGCUUUGAGGUGCUGGCCUAGAAGAAAGGCGCUUCGGCUAAACAGUGUCUCUAGCCGAUGGCUGACAGGAAAAUGACAGCUUGCGGCUCCUCCUGUUCCCCAACAUGCUACCGCAGGACACUCCCGGGGCACCCAAGCCAGAAGCACGAGAGAAGCGCAAGCCCUCCGCCUCCCCAUCUUCUGCAGGGCCUGAGACAGGCAUGGCGGUGGUGAGACCUGACUCUUUUUAAGCUUGGCACCUGGCAGAGCCUGGACGACCAGCAGCCCAUCUUGGGACACAGUCGUGUGUCACAGAGACACUGGAGGGAAAGCUCUGAGCACACACAUUCUCCCAGGAGAGGAACUUCUGUGCCUCAGAGCAUGGCCUAAGGCUGGAAAAAGGCCUGGUCAGCCUUGGACCUGCCUCAGAAGUGACAUGGCUGGCCUGGAUCACAGCCCACUGCUCCUAGAGUUUCCAGAGCCGUGUUGUCGAGACUGUGUGUAAAUUUAUUUAUAUUUAUUGUGAUUCCAGCGACUGAGAUCCCUAGAAUGAGGCUCUCGGCAGACUCCCCACAGCUCAGCAAGCCUAACUCCCUAGUGGCCCCAAUCACAUCUCCAGCCUGCUCAGACAGUCCUCAGCCCCAGCCCAUUAUUCAGAGAAUGAGCAAGCACUUUUGCUAACUGGAAAGCGCCCUGUCAUUUUCCGAUAAGGACAGGUCUUUUUCUUGGGGUUUAAUUAUGACUCACGUCUACUCCUGGGGAUGCACAGAGGGGAGGUACUGUAGCAUCGAGUUUGAAGAGAUUUUCUCUGAGGCCUGCGGGGUUGAGACAGGAGGAAAGGGCAGAGACCUAUCUGUGGCAGGAAGAUGUGAACCUUGGGCCCUGAGCGCCCAUCACCCCUUGAAGCACCACAGUGUGGAAUACCGUUGGCGCCGCCUGCCUCUUCUGCUAUAUCUGGUCUUAUACUACCCUCUUGUCCCGUGACUGAUUUUUCCAAGUGAGGGUUCUGCAGGCAGGUGGGCCCAUUGGGGAGCAGGGGGGAGGGGCCCCCUCCACCUGCUCUUUUCCACCUUGAUAUCUGACCUGCCCAUCUGAGAGUUCACACCCUAGGGUGUUCAGAAGAUCCGGCGGGCAGGCUGGCUGGCUGGCUGUGAGGGCAGUGUGAAGCCUAGUCCUCAAGGGCCAUCUUUCAGGCCUUCCCACCGAGUCGGGGGCAACCCCGUCUCUAGACCGGCGCGGCCCAGCCCAUCCGGCCAGCCUUGCUCAGCUGCUGUGUGCCCCACUUUCGAAAAGUUCUGCCGUUUAAGUGUGAAGGCAGUGCCAAGACUCUGUAGCUGUAGUAUUGAUUAACUGUCUACUGUCAAUAAAGGUUAAACAGCA